UACUGGGCAAACAGUAUUUCGAGUUUUUUGCAUGUUGUUAAACAUUUUAUUACUGAUUUAAGAUGUAAUCAGCAAAGCCAUACAUAGCACUAUUUAAGCUGUCUUCAAAAUCUACAAAUGGCGCCCGAAAAGAAAGACUGCGAGAAAUGUACACUACUGCCCAACUCACCAUCAUUGCAUGUCAUACCAAAGGCUGGACUAGCCGAAUUGCGCAGCGUGGCGUACGUUUGUUUAGCACUGGGCUCGUUGACCUUAGCACUGGUCAUUCCAAGUAUGCGGCGUUCUUGCUGCCUUACCGGAAAUACACCGCCGUCCAUAUGGCCACCUACGGCACAACCAUCAUGCAAGAAGACGGCCUCGCGUGCCCAGAAAGAAAGUCCUUCGACGAUCCUGUCUGACCUGCAAUUCUUUGUCCUGCAAUGGAAGCUGUUCGCCUUCCUGUGGAAUGUGGAAACAACUGGAUUCGGUACGGUGCCUUAUAUUUUCAAUCCCGCCGAGGUGCCAUUCACGGAGGUCCUUCACCACAUUCAUAGCAAGGCAUUUGGCGACCUAAAUCCGACACAGAGCGAAAUGGAUGCUCUAGAACUGCUGUAUCUCCUUAUCAGUACGUGUUAUACAUUUGUGCACUUCGCGCUGGUUGUGGGAUUCGUCAUAUCUACCACGAUUUUGACUUGUCUGUCAUGCCGCCUCCCACAAUCGAAUUUGCAACUGGAGGAUGCUGUCCUUGCUGGAGAGGGGAGCGAAAAAGAUAAUAAUAUCGUUGUUGUGGAGGAAGCAGAAAAAUAUGAUGAUUUAGAGGGCGGCAAUCACGAGAGAGCUGGUGUGUUCAUGGAAUCGCCUGUUUACUCUGUGCCUAAAGUUUCUCACGUGCAUCGGAAUUUUCUUCUGGCCCUGACAGCACUUUUGGGAUCGUUCGUUCCUCGCGAAGGAGUGAGCAGUUAAAAGAAUUAUGUAUAUAUAUUUAAUACGAUUUAUUACUGUCAUCUGUAAGCAUGUGGCAAAAUUGAAUUUGUUUGA